UGACUUGAUGUAUAAAGUUGAGUAGAACAGGGAAUGAGUAAACAAUAUCGGGGUGUGAAAAUGGAGAAAAGCUUAUUGCUCUUCAUACUCAUUGUUACAUCAGCUUGUGUUGUUGAAAGUUAUGUAAAUGAGACGGCGGCGUUGUAUGCGUUUGAUGAGAUGCCAAGUUCGGUGUCUUGUGAUUCAAUGCGAGAUGUUCCUGUGGAAUUGCGGAAGGAAUUGCGGAAGAAGAUGAGAUCGAGUCUUGUGGCAUUGCGGAAGAAAUUGAGGCACUCAGUAAUCUCGUAUUCAACCUCGGCUCAAUCACAUGGGUGUAGAGAAUGUUGUAUAAGUUCAAGGACUUGGCCAUGUAGAGCCCCAAAGCUUCUGUAUUUGAAUCCUCUCUGAUUGCAAGUAAUCUGCAAAGAUCUGUUAAGCCAAAGACUGAGAAUGGAAAAAUGCUAAACAAAAUGAACGAUCUGGACAAGGUUGAUCAGCCUCCGGUAACUGAGCUUACGCAAAGGAUUCCCUGACUUUCAAGGUACGCAGACCAGUGAUAUAAAUUUUAAUUUUUAAAAUUUUCGGUGGAAAAUCCAAUGACUGAACUUUACAAGAGACACGUAUAGAAGGUGUUGCAUGAAGCAAAUUAUGACAAGAUCAAGUAAACCUUGUAAGUCCUGUCCCGUGAUGAUCUGCAAAUCUCGCAAGUUGUGCUAGUAGUAAUUCAUGUUUAUUCUAUAUUAUAAACGACAUAGAAAGGGUUUAAAUUGAGUCAAAUCACUUGGCGUAACUCACAAUGGAACAACCACAACCAGAAAAUAUUAGAAAGAACAUAAGUACAUAAAACCAAUAAUAUAUAAAACACCCAGUAAAGGAGACAACAAAAUGCAAUUUUAAGUACCUGUCAAAGCAAACCUGUUUCUUAAGCCCGAAUGAUCUGCCUCCCCCGCACCCUCGGUUUCUUCUGUGUCCGGCCGAAUUUGCGAACAAUCCCACGAAUCAGCCAGGGGUGUCUAUCCAUUGAAAUGUCUCCCAAAACAAAGCCAACAACAAGCCCACUUCCAAGUCCAACCAAUAUGAAUAACCAAUCAAAUCCACUUGGAAACUUAUCUUCCUCAGAACCAUCCUCGUUGUCAUCAGGUGGUGACUGCAGUGGUCCACAAUUCUUAGAUACUGGGAAUCCACAUAGUCCCGAGUUUCCGAUGUAAGAAUUGUUGUCAAAUGUACUGAACUGUGUGCCUUGUGGUAUGUGACCCGUUAGAUGGUUGUGAGACACAUUGAAGAAAGAGAGAAAGUUGAGCUGCGCUGCUAACUGUUGAGGAAUGACUCCUGAGAGCUUGUUAUGUGAAAGGUCCAAUGAUUCAAGCUGUGUUAGGUUCCCGAGUGAGGGAGGAAUUGGACCUGUAAGAUCAUUGUUUGAAAGGUCGAGCAACUGAAGAGCCUUUAGACCUCCAAGAGAUUCAGGGACCUGUCCUGUGAACUUGUUACUUGAAAGGUCAAUUGCAUUGAAAAUAUUUGAAAUCUUUUUGUACUCCGUCUUUACACCUUUGUUUGUAAGAAUCAUUGGGCUGUAAUACUGGUAGUGGGACGGGUAAAUGUUAACGUUGUUGACAGGAGAAAACGACAUGUAAAAUUCUAUCCCAAUAUAUGAUUCAAUGCCUGUACGAACAACUUUCAUUAUAUUCCAGAUCUGGAUAUAAUUCACAGGCAAAGCACCUGUCAGAGUAUUAUGUGAGAGAUUAAUAAUGCACAGCAACGGAAACUCUGAAGGACUCCUUGGACUACCAAUCUCACCAUGAAACAUGUUGAAAUGCAGAAGAAGAACUUGUAAUCGUGGAAGAGUCCCCAACCAAGUGGGGAAACUUUGUUUCAACUGAUUUUUUGACAGGUCCAAAAUCUGUAGCAGUUUACAAUUUGACAACGAUUUUGGAACUUCCCCCGUUAACUGGUUUUGAGUCAUGUCCAUCAACUUCAGGCUGCAUUCUUUUGGGUAUGUUUGAGGAAUUGUACCAGAAAAGUUGUUCUUUUGGAGAAAAAGGGCUUCCAAAGAAUGGGCGAGGCACUCUGGAAUUGGUCCACUCAUGUUGUUGUUCGACAAAUCUAGUACUUUAAGAGACCUGACACCACAUAUCAUGGGUGAAAUCUCCCCUGUUAUUCUGUUAUUAUCCACCGAGUAGAAAUAUGUAUUUGGUGGAGGAAUUGGGAGAAUCCCUUGUAGCAUAUUAUUGCCAACGUCUAUGUAACUUAAACUCUUACUUUGAAUAGAAACUGGAUUCCUUUCAAAUGCUGUUAGGAAGUUACCACUAAGGUCAAUCAGCUCCAAAUUAUCACUUGCAUUCCAGAUCCAGUGUGGUAUAUUCCCGUGAAUAUUAUUACCGCCCAAUACAAGUGCCCUUAAGUUGCUCGCAAAUUGCGGAAAGUUUGGAAUUUCUAUCAAGUUGCAGAGACUCAAAUCUAAAACUCUAAGCCUUGGAAGACUGAUGUUAGAGUGAUGGGGGAAAUUUGACUUUAUCUUGCACCCGGAUAGAUCGAGAAAGGAAAGGUUUCUUGAACUCAAAAAAAUUUCAGCCUCUACUGAACCAGUGAAGUUAUUAUUCGAAAGAGAUAGAUAAUCCAGGUUCUUGAGUUGAGAAAAUGAGCGAGGAAUCUGACCUGUUAGCUUAUUAUCACCCAAAUCUAAUGCAGUUAAUUGGGUUUUGUUCAUCAGCCACAAUGGGAUUUCACCAACAAAGUAAUUAAAUUCAAGAAUAAGAAUAGUAAGCUGGGUUAGGUUUGCAAGAGAUGGGGGGAGGUCACCAUAUAGAUUAGUGUUAGCAAGGUUUAGCAGAGUGAGUUUAGUUAGCUUCUGAAGCCAAGAGAGAUCAUCUGACUUAUUAAACAUGUUGUUUGCAAGUGAUAAAUAAGUAAGUUGGGUUAUGUUACCAAUUGAGGCCGGAAUGGAUCCAGAAAAAUGGCAAUUUUUGAUUCGUAAACUAGUCAAUGACUUCAGAUUUCCGAUUGAGGAUGGUAUGGUACCAGAGAAUUCUGUGAAAGCAAUAUUCAGUUCCCUGAAGGGGCUUGUUUUGUUGAACUCUGGUAGGUAGCCACUGAGAUUUUGAUUAUUACUCACAUUAAGAACAAUCAGGCCUGGUAGGUUGAAAAUGGCAAUGGGGAAGUGUCCAAACAAAUGGUUGAAAGACAGAUCAAGGGAAGCCAAUUUGGACAUUCCUGACAACUCGUGUGGGAUUUGGCCGGAAAGUGAAGAAUUUGAGAGGUUUAUAAAGGACAAAUUUGAAAGGCGGGAGAUCUCGGGUGGGAUUGAAGAGUUCAUGAAGUUAUUUUCUGCAAGGUUUAGGUUCUGAAGGUGAACAAGGCUAAACAGGGUGCUGUUGGAGUGAAUUGUAGCAGUUAUUAGACUGCUACUGAGGUCAAGACCAAUAACGUAACCAGUAGCUUCAUCACACUCGACCCCGUCCCAUGAGCAGCAAUCCCUGCUACUAUUUCCGCUAGCCUUCCAAGAUGCAGUCUUGGAGUAAGCAGAUGAACUAGAAAAAGCAGGAAGGGUCUGUUUAAAAUGUAAAAGAGCAGAUCUCUCGCGGUCGUGGCACAACAUAGUAGUAGUGACAGUAAUAAGAUGAAGAGAGUAUAGCAGAAACAAGAAAAAUAAGAGUUCAAAGUUAUGUGAGGCUGCCAUGGCAAAUGAUCAAGUAGCUCUUUCUGAACUCCUAUGUCUUACUGGCUGCAAUAUGGAGUAGUAUUUAUACACACACUAUGAAUCUUUAGUCUCCUUUGGCGCACAGGAAAUAUCAAAUAAGGAAAAGGAAACUUUUGAUAUACAAUAUUAGAAAAAGUUUAACAUCAUGUUUUAUUUAUAUUGAAAUUAUAUAUUUAAUUUAUAAAAAUUCCAAAUAAUAAUAACAUAUUAUUAUUAAAAUAUAAAAGAUAUUCAUAGGUGCAGGGCUGUAAACGAACCGAGCCGAGUUUUACCGAGUUUGAGUUCGAGUCGAGCCAAACUCGAGAAGCUUAUCGAUUUUUUUUUGGGUUCGAACUCGAGUUCGUUUAAAAUUGUGUCGGGUUCAAAUUUUUAACGAACCGAUCCGAGUCGAGCUGAACUGGUCAAUAAAAUUACUAUUUUUUUUCAAAUUUCAACAAUUGACUUUGUCUAUUUAGUACACAAUUAAAAAAUUAAAAAAUUUGAUUACAAAUUGAAAAUGAAAAAGCUAAAACUGAAGUCUAAAAUCAAAGUUUAAAAUUAAAAUCUCUCUUUUUUCUAAAGCAUGUUUUUUAUCGAGUCGAGUUGAAACUGAGUAUUUAACAAGUCGAGUCGAACAACUCGAAAGCUUGGUUCGACUCGUUAAACUUAUCGAACAUGGAUAGUUGUUCGAACUCGAGCUCGUUAACGAGCCGAGUUAAGUUUUUACCGAGAGCCAAGUCCGCUUAACGACCAGCUCGGUUCGUUUAAAGCCCUGCACAGGGCAACAAGUUCCACUUAACCUACCUUAGGGAAGUUGGAUUUAGACAUUUAGUAUAGCUAUCCGACUGUGAAAGGCUUAGAGCCGGUCUUGUUGAUCAUUUGUGCCGGUCUCGCCUGGAAAGUUAAAUUUUUCCACGGAAACAGUUGAAGAAAUUGAAUGUCACCGCCUCACUGGUUCUAUCUACCUUGCCAUGGUUCUGAGACUGGGAGAAUUUGGGAAUAACUUUGAAGCUACAGUCGCGGGCCGGAGUCUGGACAAUAAUAAUUUGCAUGAACCUGAUCUUGACAUGAUACCAGGUUACCAGGUCUACUUGACUCGAUCAUGUAGAUCAUUUGCUUCCGCUAACUGAAAU